ACAUUUAAUGAAAAAUCUUCUUGGUUAUCAUAUAAAGAAUUGCUUUUAUUAUCUGAUAAACAACCUUUAUCAUUAGAUGAACUAUUAUUACUAGACAAACUUUCCUUAAAUGAUGAACCUUCUACAAAUAGUAAACCUUUUCUAAAUGAAUCUUCCUUAUUAGCAGAAG